GAAAUCCCUCUUUGUUUACGUCUCCAUGUUCGUUCCAAAAGCAGUAAGCACACUGGCUUGCAGCUGUCGAAAUCGCCGAAAUCGUUCGUCUGAUCUGAUCUGGUCUUCGCCUCGUCUGGUCCUUGUGCACCUCCUCCUUUGGACUCCGUGAAUCUGCUUCCUCCCUCCGGCUUGAUCACGCCCCCUCUCUGUUCCCAACUUAUUCACUAUGAUGUCCGCCAGCCUGCGCCUGAGCCAUACCUGGCUCCGCUCGAAUUCCCGCAUGUGCGCUCGCGCCCUCAGCUCGUCCUCGGUCCAUGGGAUGACUCCGGUGGGCCGAACGUGCCAGCCCUUGACCGUGGGUGUGGCCCUACCACGAAACUGGUUCGCACCGCAAAUUCAGACCCAGGUAAACCGAUGGAUGAGCUCGGAAAAGUUGACGAAAGCGCUAGUGGAAGAGCGGGUGUUGACUGUGUGCAAAGUCUUUGAUAAGAUCACGGCCGAUAAGAUGACGGGUCGACGAGCUUAUAGUGACGAAUUUCCCUUGUCAUUGGAGUUGAUCAAGCAACGCGUCAACCUCGUGCUCAACCUCUACGACAAAAUUAACGCCGACAAGUUAACUUUGGAAUCGCACUUCAUCAAGGAUUUGGGUUUGGACUCCUUAGAUCACGUGGAAAUCAUCAUGGCCAUUGAAGACGAGUUUGGUUUUGAAAUCCCUGACGAUCAAGCCGAGAAAUUAAUGACCCCAGGAAAAAUCGUCCAGUUCGUUGCGGAUCACGAAGACGUUUACGAAUAGAAACAGAACAUUAAAUUUUCAACCCCUUAAAAAUUUCAACACGAAGAAAUACAGCCUUUUGUUCCGAUUAAGAA